GAAAAGGGGAGGGGAAAGAAGAGAGUGGCAGUAGGAGGAAGAGCCAGGGAAAGAGCCAGGACCCUGUGGUCUGCAGCCUGAGGAUUCUUCUCUUGACCUCUUUCUCCUGUGGUUGGUGCUUCUACUCAGAGCUGCCAGGAUGUGUGCUAGGUUCCUGAGGCAGCUGUUGGCUCAAGAGAGCCAGUGCUCCACCCCUGUGGGGCGUCUCCUGCUUCCUGUGCUCCUGGGAUUCCGCCUUGCUCUGCUGGCUGCCAGCGGACCUGGGAUCUACAGUGAUGAUCAGAGUGAAUUUGUGUGUCACACCCAGCAGUCAGGCUGUAAGGCUGCCUGCUAUGAUGCUUCCCAUCCCCUUUCUCCACUGCGAUUCUGGGCCUUCCAAGUCAUCCUGGUGGCUGUACCCAGUGCCCUCUAUGUGGGGUUCACUUUGUGUCAUGUAAUUGAACACUGGGAAGAACCAAGAAAGGUGAAGAAAGAGGAGGAGACCCUGAUCCAUAAAGGAGACAGCUGCAGAGAUGCCUCAGGGGCUGGAAGUCACAAGAUAUUUUGGGCCUAUGUGGUGCAGUUGGGGGCUCGAGUGGUCCUUGAAGGGGCAGCCUUGGGGGGGCAGUACCAUCUGUAUGGGUUCAAGGUACAAAGUUCCUUUUCAUGUCGUCGAGAUCCUUGCCUUGGCAGCGUAAACUGUAAUCUGUCCCGUCCCUCUGAGAAGACCAUCUUUCUAAAGACCAUGUUUGGGGUUAAUGGGCUGUGCCUUUUGUUUACUCUUUUGGAGCUCAUGCUUCUAGGUUUAGGGAGAUUGUGGAAGAUCCAGAGGCACAGAUUUCUCUCUUCUAACUGCUUCUCAACUUCAGAGAGCACCACAAGACAAAAGGAACCAACCAAUACCUUCCCAGUGGUGGAAACGAAAGAGUAGUGUCAAGAAACAGGAUGUGUGGCAGGUUCCUGAGGCAGCUAUUGGCUUAUGAGAGCCAGUGCUCCACCCUUGUGGGGCACCUCAUGUUUCCUGUGUUCCUGGGAUUCCACCUUGUUCUGCUGGCUGCCAGCAGACCUGGGAUCUACAGUGAUGAUUGGGGCUGUGAUGGGCCAUGCAAUUGAAAGCAUUAUCUUGAAGGAUUCCUGAUUAUGGCUUCUUGCUGGAAUUAUCUGGUGUCAUCAUCACAGUUUUUAUAUGCUUGGUUCAAGAAUCACUGAACAGAAGCAUUGAACCACGACUCUCCCUUGCAAUGCUCAAUAAACACUGAUGACUAAU